GGGCGGGCCGGAAGGAGCCCGAUCCUCCGCCAUGCAGCACAGCGCGGCGCCCGCCGUGCUGGUCACCACCAGGCAAAUUCAGAAUGCACACACUGGGCUGGAUUUAUCAGUGCCGGAAUACCAGGAGGUCCGUGGGAAGAUGAUGUCUGGCCACGUGGAGUACCACAUUGUCGUCGUUACCCGACUGGCUGCCUUCAAGUCAGCAAAGCACAAACCUGAGGAUGUUGUUCAAUUUAUGGUGUCCAAGAAGUACAGCGAGAUAGAGGAGCUCUACCACAGGCUGUCAGCACGGUAUCCACAUGCUUCUCUUCCACUCUUGCCUAGAAAAGUUCUCUUUGUGGGAGAAUCUGACAUCUAUGAACGAAGAGCAAUGUUCAAUGAUAUCAUGAAAUUCAUCUCAAAAGAUGAGGAUCUAGCAACGAGUCCUGAGUUACUGGAAUUUUUAGGAACAAAAUCUACUGGUGUCAUUGACUACAAGGGUAAAAAUGUUCCUGACGACAAAGAGAAAGAAGAUGAAGAAAAUGAUGCAUUGGAUUUUUUUAAAGAAGAGAAGACACCUGACUUGAUUUCAAAGCUUGCAACACUGGAGAAUGCCAAGAAAGAUGAGAAAAAGGAAGAGGAAGAGGAGGAAGAAGAUUUAGACCCUCUUGGUAUAAUCAGAACUAAAAAAGCAAAGAAGGCAUCUGCUCCUCCAGCCAAGGAAGAGAAGCACAAAUUAAUCAUUUUCGAAGAGGAAGUAGACCCAAAUGAGGGAUUGUUUGGCCCAGAGAAAGAUUUCUCAUCACUUGGUCCCAAGAAGAAGAUGAAAGAGAAUGUGAAAUUAUUUGAAGAUCUAGACCUUGGUGGAGUGGUGAGAUUGGGUGAUUCACUGCUGCUGCCAGCUGCCUGUGAGAAAAGGGAGCACAUUCCAAACACAGGUCCUGAGGAGGACACUGAGGAACUGCUAAGAGUUGAAGAUGAUUUAGAAAAACUCUUGAAUUUAACCUCCAAACCCAAACCUAAGGUACCACCAAAACCACCAUUGCCUCAGAAGACAGCAGUUUUGCCCAGGAACACAAAUUCAUCUCCACUGGCAAAGCCAAAGCAAGACAAAAUUCAGACAAUGAAUGAAGUGGACAUUCUCCAGUAUAUCCAGGAAAAUGAAUCCAUCAAUGACCAAGAUACAAGUCUUUUCUAAACAGAUCUAUUUUUAAUAUGUGAUCAAUACCUUCUUGGCCCAAAUUCCUUGUGAGCUCAAAUGACACUAUCUGGAAUUGGCCGGAUCUCCUUAUUGCCACUGUGCUCUUUUGUGUACCACGAUUCAGAGAGCACCAAAUUUGGCUAUCAAAGGCUCAACGUCAUGUUUUCAAAACAGUGCAGUUGUAGUGCAGUGUUGCCUUAGACUUUCAGGGCUUUAGAAAGUAUGGACAAGGGCACAGCACUAUAGAUUAUGCCACUGCUAUUUUAGUAUCAGCAUAAUAAAUUUUGUUCAAUUUAAUCCAGACUACGUAAUUGUAUUGCACAAAUGGCAAGUUGGCAAGUAUGAACAAUAUCCAACAAAUGGUCAGGGAGGACAGGAUGCUUUUCCUGUCAUUUUAGGCAUUUCAGCUCACUGGAAAGGUAAUGUUGAUUUUUUCCUGUGCAUUUUUAUAGCAGCCUUCUCAUCUGGCAUUACAGUAAUUUAUAGCCAGUAACUGUUAAGCAUGGUUAGCAGUUUCUCUCUAGUUCAGAGAAAUACUGAAAUCCCAGCUAAACCUGACUGUUCUGCUGCCUUUGUUGCAUAAAUGCCAGCUUAGAGGAGAACUUAUAGAAUGGCACAGUAGACACUAUGCAUCUCUGGCCCCUGGGGGAGAUAACAAAUGGCUGAAGAUGGCUAAGGGUGCAGCUCCAAACGUACACAUAAGUUGCAGCAUGUAGGAGAUUUGAAUGCUGUGAGACUCUUCUGAACCUACACAAGAUACACAAGGGCUAUUUUUUUUUUUUUUUUCUAGACAUGUCUUCCUGGAUUUCUGCUGUACUUAGCAAAAGGAAAGAGAUUUCUGCAGGAGUUGAUUCAGUGCAGGUGUCCUAAUAGAUGAACUCUGACUUGGUGUCUGCAGUAACUCUCUCUCUUUUCCUUCCCUUCUCCCAUGAGUUCAAGCAGAAUCCAUGGUGAUUAAUUCCACUACAUUAGAAUUAUUAAAUAUUUCAUACAUCAUUAAAUAUUUCAUCAACAGCGCUAUGUUCCUUACUGUGACAAUCUUUGUAAAGGGAGGACAAACUUGGGAUUAUCCAAAAUAAAAACAUAGGAAGAAAAUGUACCAGAGAAAAUUUAAUGUGCAGGAAAAGUAAGAAAAGCGUGUUAGAAUAGGAGUUCCAUACUACUCUUCCCCACCUCAAGCACUCUGGUUGAAUGGCUGAAUUUACACCUAUUGUGGGUUGAUAUGUUGUCAGGUGGAGAUUCCUGAACUCAUUCCACAUGCUUCAUAUCCGAAUGUGAAGGCAAAGUGCCCAGAGGGAAAAUGUUAAUAUAUUUAAGCCACAUCACUAUCCCCAAAUUUGCCUUUAUAAUAUAGAACAAAAUGAAUAGAAAGCAUUAUAUAUAUAUAUAAAAUAAAUAAAAUUAUCUUUUUUAUUAUUUCUUUUUUUUUAAGCCAAUGGAAAAUAUUAUAAUAGUAUUUUAGUGAUGGAACAAGUACAGUGUAACCAUUGCCUAUGUAAAAUAUGUUUCAGUACAAUAAAAAAAAUCUGCUAACCUGCA